GUGGUUGGGGGGGAAUGGGGAGCCUGAGAGAGGCCAGGGUGCAGAUGGGCUGGUGUGGCACAGCCUGAAAUGGUCAAAAUGAUCCAGCUUGGGGUCCCCAAUGCCUAGGAAAGUUGUCCCCUUGAAUAUCAGUGCAAAUGUGCAGGAAACAGAUGCCUGCUCGUAUGGAAAAGGCCUGGCUCUGAAGUGUGGAGGCAGAUACCAGAGUUCUGACUCCUGGCUGGGUCAGAAGAAUUGGUCUGUGAGAGACUCUUACUAGUUCACAGCCUAGGUAACCCUGGGGAAGUAGGGAACCUGGGAGGUAACAGGGAGUUUCCUGGUCACUGUGAGCUCAAGAAGAGGUGUUACUUGGCUCAGUGCCUGCUCUGACCUGCUGGAAUGAAAGUGAAAGUGAGGGUGGGGACAGUACUUUGCCAGAAGGAUUUCCCGGCAUGGCGUCCUUCCCAGACCCUGCUCUGGCAGUGGAGAGAGUGUUGUCUCUCUCUGUCACUAGAGAAGAGGAUGUUGUCAUGGAUAAAUAGAGCCAGGCUCACCAGUUCCUGACACAUGCGUCAUGACCAUGAGACAGAACUGGACACCAGCCCCCGGUCCUUUGUGGGUCCUGCUCCUGUGUGCCUGUGUCAUCACUCUCCUGGUCAGAGCCACACCUGUACCUCAGACCAUCACAGCUGCCACUGCCUCAUCUGGAAGCAUAAAGGACCCCUGCCCCUCCUGGCCCCCGGUGCUCUCAGCAGCUAAGCAGUGCCCAGCGUUGGAGGUGACCUGGCCAGUGGUGGAAGUGCCACUGAAUGGAACGCUGACCUUGUCCUGUACUGCCUGUAGCCGCUUCCCGCAUUUCAGCAUCCUCUACUGGCUUGGCAAUGGUUCCUUCAUCGAGCACCUCUCAGGCCGGCUGCGAGAGGGCAGCACCAGGCGGGAGCAUGGGAGCACGAGCACGAGGCUGUGGAAGGCCUUGGUGCUGAAGGAGCUGAGCCCUGCCCUGCGUAGCACCAACUUCUCCUGCGUGUUCGUGGACCCUGACCAGGUUGCCCAGCGUCACAUCGUCCUGGCCCAGCUCUGGGCCGGGCUGAGGACAAUCUUGCCCCCAACUCAAGGAGCCCUGCCCUCGGGCCACAGCACAGGGCCAAGGACAGCUGGACCCUGACCAGCACCUGGGUGCUACUGCCUGGAGGGUGAACAGAUCCUGGCGGCUUGUCCCACCCCCCAGCCCCACCCUCCUCUUCUGCUUUGGUUUCCUCUUCUCACCAGACUCCCCAUCUGCCUAGAAAAUCAUAAUAACCUCCGUAAGGCUUCCUCCUGCCUGCCAUUCUUUCCACUCACCCAUUAACUUCCUACCUACUCCUCACACUGCUCUGCUGCUCAGAAACCACCAAGACCUUCAGUGCCUCAGCCUCACACUCAGGGCCCCCCUACAUUUCCAACAUGACUUUCCAGUGGCCCACAAGGAUUCUCGCUCGUUCCCAGACAACUCCUAUGCUUCUGCUCAUUCGGUCCCCUCAUCAUCGCCAUCCCAACAGGUGAACUCUGAAGCCCGGUUGAAACGCCACCCUCUUUCAGCUCUGGCCACAUUCUGCAUUUACCUCGUGUUAUUUAUGGCUUUUUUUCCCCUUCACUUAAAUGGACUGUCCCCAGGGAAGGGAUGGGGGCAGUGGCAGUUUCUGAUCCACAACUGUAUCUGUGUCAUCCCCAGUGGGGCCCACACGGGUCUUCAUAAAGGAUUGUUCAGUGA